CUUUUUUUCCUUCUUUAAGCAUCUUCCAUUUUCGUUCUUCAGAUUUUCCUUUAUAUACACCGUUUGUUUCGAUUAGGGUUGGUCUAGUUCAGAGAAAAAAAAAAGUUGGGUUGUGGCUUUUUCCUCUCCCUCGGCCUUGAUUCGCUGCUUCUUCUACUUUCUUCAGGUAAUUUAAUCGGAGAUCGAUGGGGAGUUCUGGAUUCUCGUGGAAAUUGCCCGAUCAUCCUAAGCUUCCGAAGGAUAAGACAGUGGCUCUUAUUGUUUUGGAUGGGUGGGGCGAAGCUAACCCAGAUCGCUACAACUGCAUCCAUGUAGCGGAAACUCCCACCAUGGACUCUCUUAAGAAGGGCGCCCCUGAGAAAUGGAGGUUGCUGAGGGCACAUGGUAAGGCUGUAGGACUUCCUACAGAAGAUGACAUGGGCAACAGUGAGGUAGGACACAACGCGCUUGGUGCCGGACGUAUUUUUGCUCAAGGUGCAAAGCUUGUUGACCUUGCUCUUGCCUCUGGAAAAAUAUUUGAAGGAGAAGGUUUCAAAUAUAUCAAGGAAUCUUUUGCUACCGGCACAUUGCAUCUUAUUGGAUUAUUGAGUGAUGGUGGAGUGCACUCUAGGCUAGAUCAGUUACAGUUGUUACUCAAAGGAGCAAGUGAGAAUGGUGCUAAAAGAAUCCGUGUCCAUAUUCUCACUGAUGGACGUGAUGUUUUGGAUGGUUCAAGCAUAGGCUUUGUAGAAACUCUUGAAAGUGACCUUGCCAAGUUACGUGAGAAAGGGAUUGAUGCACAAGUAGCAUCUGGUGGGGGCCGUAUGUAUGUCACAAUGGAUCGUUAUGAGAAUGACUGGGAAGUUGUGAAGCGAGGAUGGGAUGCACAAGUUCUUGGUGAAGCACCACACAAGUUCAAAAGUGCUGCUGAAGCUGUCAAGACAUUAAGAGCGGAAACCAAAGCAAAUGAUCAAUAUCUACCUCCAUUUGUCAUCGUUGAUGACAGUGGGAAGUCUGUGGGCCCAAUAGUGGAUGGUGAUGCUGUAGUUACCUUCAAUUUUAGAGCAGAUCGAAUGGUUAUGAUUGCCAAGGCCCUCGAGUACGAAAAUUUCGAUAAAUUUGAUCGAGUUAGGUUCCCUAAGAUUCGUUAUGCUGGAAUGCUUCAGUACGAUGGUGAAUUGAAGCUUCCAAGCCGUUACCUUGUUUCUCCCCCAGAGAUUGAUAGAACAUCUGGGGAAUAUCUUGUGCACAACGGUGUUAGAACCUUUGCUUGCAGUGAGACUGUCAAAUUUGGUCAUGUUACAUUCUUCUGGAAUGGAAACCGGUCUGGAUAUUUCAAUUCAGAAAUGGAGGAAUAUGUGGAGAUUCCUAGUGAUUCUGGGAUCACCUUUAAUGUUAAGCCAAAGAUGAAGGCUAUAGAGAUCGCUGAGAAGGCAAGGGAUGCUAUUCUUAGCCGGAAAUUCCAUCAGGUACGUGUUAACCUGCCGAACGGCGACAUGGUGGGGCAUACCGGUGAUAUCGAUGCCACAGUCGUAGCUUGCAAGGCUGCUGAUGAUGCUGUAAAAAUGAUCCUUGAUGCAAUUGAGAAAGUCGGGGGAAUUUACGUUGUCACUGCAGAUCACGGAAAUGCUGAGGAUAUGGUGAAGAGAAACAAGUCUGGACAGCCUCUUCUUGACAAAAGUGGCAACAUUCAAAUCCUCACUUCUCACACUCUUGAGCCGGUUCCUGUUGCAAUUGGAGGCCCUGGGCUGGCCCCUGGAGUCAGAUUCCGCAAGGAUGUUCCUAAUGGAGGACUGGCCAACGUCGCCGCAACUGUUAUCAAUCUCCAUGGUUACGAAGCUCCGAGCGACUACGAGACGACCCUAAUCGAGGUCGUUGAUAGCUAAGCGAGCGGCAUGGAAGAUCGGGUUAUUCGAGUAAGAUUAUGUUUUUACGAUUAACAGAGCGAGAAGACUGGCAAUGACUAUGCCGGGUUGUUGAAUAAAAACUUGUUUUGAUCUUUGGAUUCAUGUUCCUUGUUAUGGUCUGCCUAUGUUCAACCAUAACAUUGAGGGUAUAAUUCAACUGAGAAAUUUUGUUGACUCCUUCAGAUUUAAUUUAAUAGCCAAGUUUUGAGGGUUGAAAAACCUUCCAAUUUUCUAGUUU